CAUAUGAGGGGCCAGAAGAGAUGGUGGUGCCCCUGGAAUGAAGGGGAUUUGGGAGGGGAUAAAGCCUCAUUGGGGAAGAUGGGAUUCCCCACUGUUCUUCUGGAAUGAAACCCAAGCCAGAGGAUUGUCAGAGGGCCUUCUGGACUUGUUUGUUGGCAUCUCUCAGCUCAUUCAUAAGGGUCGAAAUGAAGCUCCCACCAUUGUCUCCCGCAAGGAGUGGGGAGCAAGGUCACUGACCUGCAGGGCCCAGCUGACCCCACCUUUGGUCUAUGUCAUCACAAACCACCUCACAGGGAUGGAGUGCCAGAAGCAGGAUGUUUACAGCCAGAGGCUUCGGGGCCGUCAGUCCCAUUCUAUCUACACCAAAGGCUGGUGCGAUGUGGCCUACAAGUAAGAGAAUGGGCGGGUCCUGGAACCACAUUCAAGUCUGCCUCUGGUGGGGCCACCCAAUUUCCCUUGUCUAGUUUCCCAUCUUCCCACUCGUGUUGUUUUUAUAAUGAAUAAAAAAUGUUAAAACAAAUAAA